AUGUUUGCUCUCUCGAGACCUGGCCAGCUGCGUAGUUGCUGUGCAGUGCUCUUCUGCGACAGAUCGGCGGAAGCGAUUACGGAGGAACCCAGUGGCAUUGCUAAAAGUGUACUGGUCUUGAAGUCGAAUAAUUUCCUGUAUUCCACAGUCUUGCUGCGUGAAUUGUCGCUCUGCAGUCAAUACAGCCGUCUCAGCCAGCUUGCAUAA